UUCAACUUCUUGUCACCUCCCAGUCGACGUUACGUACGCCGCCGCCGCCGCCGCCGUGGCGUGCCUGCAAAUCUAAUAACAUGGAGUCCUGUGCCGAAUGCCUGUCAGGGAGCCAUGCAAAACAUCACCAAAGAGUUUCGUGUACCACUUAAAGAGCACAUUCGCCCAUGUAAGCAGCCGGGGUGGGGGCUUGUAGCGAGCAUCGUCUCCGGGGCGUCAAGCUUCUUGCUCGGUCCUCAACUAUGACGAGCGAAGCUUAGGCUGCGACUCCUUCCCCUGGAUCCGCACACCAAGGCGACAUCAACAAGGAGGGGGUGCACAAUGUAGGCUGUUCUGUUCUCCACACUGUUCUCUGGGAGGGGACAAUGGAGCCGGAAGGGCAACCCCAGACCCCAGGGACCAGCGAUGUGCCCCCACCUUUGAACUCCGCACAAAAUCCAGUCACCCCGGCCUUCCUUAACUGCACCUUACAGCAGUCUUCACGUUCUUCCGACGUGAGCGACGCCCCGACGUCGACUGAAGGCUCACAAGGUCACGAUGGGGAUGCGCCUCCCGAGCAGACCGAGCGCUCUGAGCACAGCGCAGACCCAGCACAGAGGAGAUUCGGGUCCUCGGCCUUUUCCUCCUCCCUGAGCUGGGACGAGAAAGAAACCCGAGAUGAGGAGGAGCGGCGGCAUUUUUCUAACCCUCAAGGUCUGGCUGCUCACAGCCCAGGAUCUCCUUCCUCUGGAGCCAGAGUUGAUGGCGAGGACGACAAAAAAGCAGAAAAAUUGCAGCACUCGGAGCAAGAGUCUGGUCUGUGCGUCUCUGGGGAGUUGCGCGAGGAAAAUCAAGAAAGCACAAGAACAGAAGAACCAAAUACAUCUCAGCUCGGCCCAACGGAAUUAGGAGGUGAGGUCCUCCUCGGUAGAAUCAAACCAAAGGAUGCUUGCCAAAUGGGGGAUGAGGAAGAGGGAAACGACGUCAAGGAUCUUGAGAGGGAUGUACACGUCUUCGUGGGAGACUCUGACCCUGACGCUACUCGCUUCCAGAACUGCAGGCAGAAGAGAGUCCCGCUCGGGCCCUUCAGCGCCACCUUACAGCACACAUCCCCCGAGGCCGCCACGCGAGCGGGCGGGAGUCCCCGACGAUCGAUACAUGCCAAAUUGGCGGCACCUCCGAGUCAAAGUGGAGGAUCGUACCAUAUCGAUGAUUCGGGGAAGGGGUCGGCGGAAGAGCCAAUCGUGAUCGGAGACGGCGAAGGAAAAGGAGACGAGCGCAAAGACUGCCGUUUGGAGCGCGGCGGCGCAGAUAUUUUCACCUGCGUGGAAUGUAGCAUAUACUUCAACAAGCGGGUCCACCUGAAGGAGCACGUGAUUGAGCACCGGCAAACGAGUCAAGAAGGCUCCCAACAUUUUGAGUGUACCGAGUGCGGAUGGGACCUCCCCGAUUCUGGCGGGUUAGCCGAGCAUCAGAAAAGGCACCAGGAGUCGCGUGCCAAGAUCCUGGCGGAAAUCGAGAAACUGAAUGAAAACGAGAAGGCAAAAGAAAGAGCGCAGUCUGAGGCCAUGACGCAAAAUACGAGUCCGGGUCCGGUUCCCGGCGAGGUGUCGGACACCCGUCCUCCUCAAUCAAACGCAGCUCAAAGUCCUGCGGGUUCUUUAGGAGCCGCGUUCCAGCCCCGGACUGUUUUGUACCGCCGCCGCUUUGUUUGCACCCAUUGUAACUUCAGCACAAGAACCUCCCAGGCGCUGGCCAAUCACACCAAGACCCACAUGAGAAAACCGUUACUUUUCAAGUCCAGCUCCUCUUCCCCCGACCCCCCAUCGUGUUCAUCUCAAGCCGGAACAAAGAGACAGCGGAAACGGGCCCGCUCCGGACCGGAUUCCAUUCGCGACGGAGCGCCGGGGGAAUCUCGUUGGUCUUAUGAGCCCGUUUCAAACUCCAUAUUGGACUCCGACUCCAUCGCUGUAGCCCCGCCCAGCUCGUGUCAAACCAAAGGCCGCCAGGGAAUUAGCGCCUCCGAGAAUGUUGCGGCCACCCGGCUGGUCCUCGGAUGUCAUAAGAACAGGAGGUUCGGUCGGAGAGCCAGGACAAAUGAAGACGAGUUUCCCGGCUGUGAGGGAGACCGGCAUGAGAGCCCCGAGAUCCACCCUGAGGAGGUUGUGGCGAAAGGACGCACGAGAGCGCCAUCUGAGCCAGAUGAGUCUCCGGAGCAGCGAAGCGCCGCCGUGUCUCCCGAGAUGAGGACUAGUUUGAAGGAGAAGGAUGAGCCGGAAGGGGAGACUGACACAAGGGCUUUUGUUUUAAGGAGAAGCAACAGGAUUACAGCGCCCCCUGUCGAAAUUGAGAGCGACGACAAUGACGAAGGCUGGCGACGUUUCCUGUCCGGGGACAUCUCUGAAGAUGCGGAAGAUGACAUCGAUGAGCUCUCGGGCUCUCUGAGGAGCGUGGAGAGGAAAUGCCCCUACUGCCCCGAUCGAUUCCAUAACGGCAUCGGCCUGGCCAAUCACGUGAGGGGUCACCUGAACCGGGUGGGGGUCAGCUACGACGUGCGCCACUUCAUAUCCCCGGCGGAGGUCAAUGCUAUCGAGAAGCGCUUUUCCUAUCAGAAGAAAAAGAAAAAAGUGGCUAAUUUUGAUCCAUCCACGUUCAGCGUGAUGCACUGCGAGUUCUGCAGCGCCGGCUUUGACACCCGCGCCGGCCUGUCGAGCCACGCCCGGGCGCACCUGCGAGACUUUGGCAUCACCAACUGGGAUGUUACCGUCUCGCCGAUCCACAUCUUGCGAAAAUUGUUCUCCAGCAGACCGGACCUCGUCAUCCCCACAGCUCCCCCGCGCAGCCCCGUCUCUGUUCAAGAAGAGGAUGAUGAAGAAGAAGAAGAAGAAGAAGAAGAAGAAGAUGAUGAGGACGACGAGGAUGGGGUCAUUGAGGUCAAGCUGGAGGGUGAGAUGAGCGAGACGAAGAUGGAUGCCCUUUCUCCUGUUUCUUUCUCGUCUGGACCUGCUGGACCUUUGAAAGCGGAGGAUGCUGUCAAAGAAGGUGACGGAGAGGCCGAAGAAGAAGUUGAGCCUGAGCACUUGGCUGUCGGCUCCAGCCCGAAGAAAACACGCCUGCGCAACGUGGACCAGGAUUGCCUCUCAGCAGGCGAAGAUGAAUGCACCAAAGUUGCUGACUUCAAGUGUGAAUUGUGCGGCGCUCAAUUUGAGAGCAGGCGGCAGAUGUCCGACCACGCCAGCUCUCACUUGCAGGCAUCCAUCGACCUGUUCUGUCAAACCGCCAAGGAGCGUCACCCGGACGGCCAAAUAAGCUCCCGUGAGCCCGAGCCUCACUCGGCCAAGAGUUCCUCUCUGCUCGACUCGGAGACCCCCGAGGACAAAGGUCACGAGGAAGGCGAAGACUCGGACCGCGACGCCAUGCCACUUUCCGUUUUGCCCGAAGCAGCGCAAGCGACGCCAUCCGCUUCCCGUUCGGCGCUCGCGCCUUCUCCCGCGAGCUCUCCGACUUCGGUGGUGAGGAAAGCGCCGAUUUCCUCUUUGCUGCCGGCGUCUUCGCCCUUGCGCUUCGCCGAGCACAAGACCGGGGUCGCGAAAGGCUUGACCCCUAACCUCUUGACCUCUGCCGCCAUCUCACCAUCCAAACCCAUCUGGGCCCCGCAUGAAAACGACGCUCCUCUCAACCUCGCCCUGGAAGUGGAGCCUAGCAAGGACAUCGUUUGCCAGCUGUGCGGUGCCUGGUUUGAGACUCGCAAAGGCUUGUCCAGCCACGCCAGGGCUCACUUGCGCCACUUCGGCGUGGAGUACUCGGAAUCCAAAGGCUCGCCCAUCGCCCUCCUCAAUCAGCUGAUGGACUCGGAGGACUUCAAGCACAAAGCCGGCGAAUUGCAGCCGGACGGGGAAUCCCGGCAAAGCGUUCCCGGCACGCUUUCCCCCCCAAAGAAGGCCACGCUGCCUUCCUCCUCUCCAUCCGUACUGUAUAAGGUGACGACGGCGGGAGGCGGGACCACCUCCAAAGCUACCUCUCCGUCAUCCUUCGGCCCGCCUCCCAAGCGUCUGAAAUCAUCUUCCGUGCAGGUCUUCCGCCUGGGCGGCGGCGACAUCGUGAGCCUCCCACACAGUGAGCCCGCAAAGGAAAUAGGCUGCGAAUUCUGCGGGGAAUAUUUUGAGAACCGUAAAGGGCUGUCCAGCCACGCCCGCUCCCACUUGCGGCAAAUGGGCAUUACCGAGUGGUCGGUCAACGGGUCGCCCAUCGACACGCUGAGGGAAAUCAUCUCCAGACGGGGCUUGCCUUGCGCACGUCCUUUCAAGUCUGGCAAAACCCCGCCUCCGUCUUCUCCCGGGUCCCCCGCUUCCCCGCUCUCGACCCGCUCCUCACCGUCCACCGUCCUUAGCCGACACCCCUUCGCCUCGCCGCCGCCGCCGCACGCUUCCAAAUCGAAUUCGGCUCCACUGAUGUCCUCGAGCGGGCUGAUUCUCAAGCUGAAGCCUGAACCCGUGCAGCUGGAGGUCACGACCCCGGAAGCCGGCGGCCUUUCCGCCGAUUCGCUCCGCUGCGGCUGGCGCGGCGUCCCCCCCGACGGUGCGUUCCCUCUCAACCUGGCUACGUCUCGAGAGGCGGAGCCGACAAGAGAUAUUCGCUGCGAAUUCUGCGGCGAGUAUUUUGAGAACCGAAAAGGCCUCUCCAGCCACGCCCGAUCGCACCUGCGCCAAAUGGGCAUUACCGAGUGGACGGUCAACGGGUCGCCCAUCGACACCCUGAGGGUCUUUAUGCACAAGAGGGGCUUAAGCGCCUCCUCUCGGUCCGAGGGGGAGACGAAGGAGGGGGUGAAAAGUCCCUCGUGGGCCAACGCAACCAAAACUUCAGGGGGGUUGUUUAUAUCCGGCUACCAGUCGGCCAAGCUCUAUCCACCCCCCCUUAGUGCGCCUUCGUCGGGGUCCAGGCUUUCCAAGCAAGGCCCCUUCGACACCCCCGGCUUACCGAAGAUCGUCAGGAUCUCCCCGCUAGGAAAACAACCCGAAGAAUCCGAGUCGCCGGACCCUUCCCGGGCGGCGUCGCAUCUACGCCAGACGUUCUCGCCGCUGCCGCGCGACUUCCCUUUGAAAAAAAAGCCUUCCCCCGACAAGUACGCCCGGAAGGAUCCGAGCUGCGAGCUGUGCGGCUUCUACUUUGAGAACCGCAAGGCGCUGGCCAGCCACGCGCGAGCCCACCUGCGGCAGUUUGGCGUGACCGAGUGGUGCGUCAACGGCUCCCCCAUCGAGACGCUGAGCGCCUGGAUUCGCAGCAGGCCGCAGAAGGUGUUGGAAAUGCACCGGAGCUACAUGCAGAGUAACCGCCCCGCCUCCAAGAGAAAGAGCAGCUCCCCGCUCCCCGCGUCCACGGAUUCCGAUCAUAGCCCCCCCUUCUCGCAUAAGGCCUCCUCUUCCUCCUCUUCAUCAUCCUCCCAAUGGUCUUCGGCUUUGGCGGUGAACCUGGUGCGCCCGCUGAGCCGCGAGCUGGUCCCGGGCCCCCACAAGGCUCGGGAAGACCAAGCGGGUCCCGACCUUCGGGCUUCUCACGUCAGGCCUCCCAGCGGCGGUCCCAGACCCUCGCAGCUUGUCGGUAGCCUUCCACUUCAAGCGCAGGUGGCUCGCAGCGAACUCAAUGUUCGCCUACCCAGAGGUUUCGAACGUCGGCCGCCGAAGCACCCGUCUUGCAUCGAGGGAACCGAGAGGGACAGCGGCCCGGCAAAGCCCCCGCGCACAAGCACAGUCCCCGCUUUAGUGCCAAAGCCACCCGCCUACCCCCUGGUCAAGCUGGCGGGCAAGUUCUACACCCUGAAGUGCCGAUUCUGCGAGGUGGAGUUUCACGGUCCGCUCUCGGUGCAAGAGGACUGGAUCAGGCACCUCCAGCAACACAUCCUCAAGAUGAACUACAGCCGGCCCGUCGAAGCCAAAGCGGACGGCGUUCAGGUCGCGACGGACACGCCGACCGCCGUCCGGCAGGCUUCGGCCCCCGGCACCUCCUCAACCACCUCCCUCACCUCCCUCGCCGUGACUCGCUCCGUCGCCGCCGACGGCCGCUCGCCCGAGCCUCCGGCGGAACUCGUCAAAAUCUCGGAGGAAUCGCUCCGCCCGGCUCCCGUUGUUGCCCUGCCCGCCCAGGUGGUGUAAGCUCCUCCCUCUCCGCCUCGCUAGGCCUUGCUUGCCCUCUUUUCUUUCCUUUCCUGCCAUUUCAUUCCUUCCAGUCCAUCUGUCUCUUCCCCGUCAAGAGAAUCGCUCCCUUUCAACAAUUGGUGAAGGCCAAAGAGCCUCGCAGUGCCCCAAGCACCUUUUUGAAGCAGCUUUUUGAAACAAAGUCUUGUUACCAUGGGAACGAAGCCCUCUCGACCGAAGGCCGAUUGCGGCCAAGGUGAUCCGCGGAGGUGAACUAUUGUUCCGCCUUGUUUUUAUUGAAUGUUGACGUGGACCAUUGCCGUACCCCCGGCACCUGUUUAUCGGGAGGGGGGGGGGGGCUGAAAGGCUUUAGCACCCCCUCCCAUCACGCUCCGGUCCGUCCCCCAUUUCUCCCAGCACGUUCUCCAUGAGAGCGUGCCUGGCGGCAUUGGUCCUGACUGAAACCGGAAGAGAUUUCCUUCCCGCAGGCAGUCUUGCGACGGAGACUUUAAACACACGUCGACACUUAGUGUUAAAAAAAAAAAAAAACAGAACACGGCACUUUGGACAUAAGACACUGAGCACUUAUGAAAAGGAUUGGAUUGGAUGAAAUUGUGACUGGUGUAAGGAGCAACAAGUGGAAGCACACCCCCCCCAAAAAAGGGGAAUUAAUCGAAUACCGACCCCCCCCCCCCCAAAUAUCAAUGUUGCUUGAAUGUAGCAUAAAGCACUUGUUUCAUUCCUUUUAUUUCUACACGUUUAGCAAUCGAAAACUUGCCCCGUGUGAUACCACUGAUAUUCCACUGCUGCUGUGCAGAUUUUUUUUUUUUUUUUUUUUUUAAUUAUCCCUCUGUUGAUUUCGGGGCCUUCAAAAACAAACAAAAAAAAAGGACAUUGAUGUUUUUACAAUUAACCUUCCAUGCACAGUGUUACCAUCGGCAUCCUGCCUUUUUUUUUUUUUUUUUUUUUAAUUUUUAAAACAUAACCCAAAAAAUUAUUUAUUUCCGAUGCACCUGAAUGUGGUAAGCUAGCUCAUGAUACGACUUAAGUAGAACGUUGGAUUGUUUGGUCAACUGUGCACUUUUUUGCAUUUGUCGUGAGGCGCAGGACACUUUGCACAAUCUACUGAGAUCCAAGACAUCAAAGAUUCUUGCCUUUGCAAUGACGCUUGGUGUCCCGCUUGGUCUGGAACGACACUCUCUCUCUCUUUGUAAAUCUUGCGGUGGUAGUUGUCAAAGCAAAUUGGAACGAGGAGCGCUGUUUGGAAUACGUUGACUCUCAUGUAGCGCACCGAGGGUUACCCAAAUAUUCGGAAAAACGCAGUUACCGUGUAGUACAGUUGUUGACGACCAACUACAAUUGCAAUAAUAAAUAUAUUGGUAACCUCACGCCAUCCUGAUGUUUCAAUAGAAACUUUUUUUUUUUUUUUUGCGUUGGCUCUCUUUAGAUCAUGCGGCUGGUUAGAAUGCAGUGGCCGGUUGGUGUACAUACAUUUGUACAAAUGUGCUUUAGUUUCGAAAGAAGGGAGAAAAAAAAAAAAAAGAGGCUCGAUAGGACAUCUUUGUGACUUACGUCGCGGGAUCGGGACGUGCAGGAUGUGCAUUGGCGUCUGGGUGUGCCAAAGAGUCUGUUUACUUCCUCGCCUUGCCUCUGUAAAAGCUGUUUACGUUGGACCUGAUGAUGGAGCGAGCGUUGGCUACUCGCCGAAUAAUGGACUGAGCAGCGGCGGCCCGCAAUCCUACUUUACGAGCGGCCUUGCGCUUUUUCGUCGCAAGGACAGCACGCGGCCUCCGAGUGAGACGCCCGCCAUGGGGAUUAUUGGCGUGAACAGGAGACAAUUCCGGGCAAAAAAAAAUGAACAGAAACCAAACGUCAUUCCAAGCCGGGGGGCUCUGGAGGACUCUCGGCUGGCGGUCCAAACAGAAAAUGGCGCAACGCUGGGGCUGCGCUCCUUCAGCGGUUCUUCGGUGCGUUCAUAUCGACGCAAAACCGAAGCGUAAACUAGGCUGACACGACCGUUUGCUUUCAACGUUCCCCCCUCCCCUGUGUACGGAAUAUAGACGCACACUAUAUAACUCCAUGUAGCUGUCGACAUUAGUAGGAGCUCUUAGCAGUUCUACACAAAUGUGAACGCAACACUUUUGUUUUUGCCCCCCAUCGAUCGUAGACUUUUUCGACGUGUGCAAAAGAUCAAUUUCGCUCCAGGUAUCGUUAAAAAAAAAACAAAACGAAAUAAUCUUUUGUAGCGCUCAAGUGCUUGAUACUUGCAGUGAGCCAACCUUACCGUCGUCGUUUGUUUAUGACGCCAUCCAAGGAUUUCAUGGAAUAAAACGCACACCGAGGCCAAUCUUGACCGAUACGCUUUUAAUACAAGCGGGAGCUCGUCAAAGUGAAAAGCAACGUCGCGAGAAACUGUUGUGUCCUUGUGCUUCUUAGAUAUGCUUUGAAUGAACGAGCCUCCGUCAGUGCAAUGCAAGGCUGUUAGCUAGCAAAUUGGCGUCCGAGAUAAAAGACUAUGAAACAAUACACCAAAGCAAAGAAAAGGACAAUUCUCGAGUCAAUUAAGCUCAGCAAAAUGUUGCGUUCGACUUAGCUUUGGUCCUGUUUUUAUGAGUUUAUGUGUUGGCCAGGUUCUGGAUGUGCGUGUGGCUCACUUUGGCAAAGUACAAGUUCUCACCGACACGUUGAAAUCCAUUUGCGACCCAUAGUGAGCGAAACGAGCCUUUUGCCCACAUAGCAAAAGAUCUCAGAUCGUGAAAAAGAUGAGCAAAAACAAGUGUUGCGUUUCGGGGUUUUUUUUUCUUUUUGUUCAGUAUAUUAGCCACGUAGUUGGAAAAAACAAGAAGUGAUCUGAAUUCCUUUAUUGUGAUUUAAUUUCAACCUGAUUCUAUGUAUUUUAUUUCUCUGUGCAUUUUCUGUACUUGCAGUCCUGCAAAGUGAAUAUUAGAACAUUUCUACAUUUUUCAUCGCCAAGUCGCGGACACUUUUGGCGCUGCUCAGAAUGUUGCGACGGAACUUGGGUGAUUGAAGGCGAGUUGACAGUGGAUCAAAGCAGCCUCGGAAGCUUUUCAACGGGACUACUUUGCACUCUUGCGUCACUUAAUGAGCCUUAGUGUUCCCCCUUAAAAAAGUGUGUGUGUGCGUGUAUGCGUGCGCGUGUGGAUUGUUGUGUGUGUGUGUUGUUGUUGUGUGUCUGUGUGUGUGUGUUGCACACGCGCUAUAAUACGGUGGAUAUGACAGCAGCAGACAAAAAGAUGUUUGGGAGAGAAAAGAGCUGUUCUGUACAGUUUUAGGUGAAUCAACUCCAGAACCAAACAAUAAAUGUGAUUUCCGUUUCAGAAAA